AUCUAAAUAAAGUAAUGCAACAGCAGAUUACAUGACUUCAAUGCAAUGUGGUCACACAUAUAGCAGCACAUUAUUGCAUCUUUACUUCAAAUUUGUAUGACUUGUACACAUAUGUUGUAUGAACAUUUUUCAUUGUGAUGCUCCAUAUUUAUGCUAUGUUCCCCAAGGUUGUAGGUAGCCUAUUCUGCAUCCGUGCUAUAACUGUCCUUCUCAGCUGAUGGUUUUGCAGCAAUACCCCCCGCCAGCAGAGGGUGCUGAAGGCCCGGACACAGAGGAGCAGAAUGAUGAUCACAGGCUGGGGAUCUAUGGCUGGAGGAAGCGCUGCCUCUAUCUGCUGGUGCUUCUCCUGCUCUCCACCCUGCUGGUCAACAUUGCCCUGACCAUCUGGAUCCUCAGGGUCACCUGUCUCAACACAGAAGGAAUGGGGCAGCUGAGAAUAACAUCAGAUCGGGUGAGGCUUGAUGGAGUGUCCGAGUUCCUCUUCUCUCUCUACGCCCAAGAGAUACACUCCAAACAGGACACCUCCCUUCUUAUCCACUCGGAGUCCCAGAAUGUCACGCUCCAAGCCUGCAAUGGGAAAGGAGGUGUGUUAGGUAGCCUUAACCUGGGUCCACAAUCCAUGGAAAGCGUAGGAAAACAUUUUGAGGUGAUGACAAGCACUGGGAAAUUGUUAUUUUCUGCUGGUACAGAACAGGUAGUUGUUGGAGCGGAUAAGCUAACCAUUACAGGGUCUGAUGGUGCUCAGUGUGAACAUUCCAUAGAGACAUCCCUGGUCAGGGCAGAGCAUUCCAUGGACUUGAGGCUAGAGGCCCCCACCCGUUCCCUCCACCUGGAUGCUCCAAAGGGAGUCCAUAUCAAAGCAGUGUCCGGCAGCGGCCAGGCCGUGUCCAGCAUGGACAUCUCUCUACUCUCUAUGGACGGAGUGUUGAUUCUGGAUGCUGAGAGGGUGCAGCUGCCCAGGUUACCUCUGAGUGGAGAGGGAGAGAAAGGGAGUCCUGGGGAGCAGUUGUAUGAAGUGUGUGUGUGUCCUGAUGGAAGACUGUACCUGUCCAAAGCUGGUCACACCUCCACCUGCCAUGACAACAGGCACGAUUGUUAAAAGACCACACUCUAUUAUCUUGAGAUUUGUAUUGACCUGGGAUCAUCUUUAUACAUACAGGACAUCAUCAUAGAUAUGCAGUCAGUCGUGUCUUGCCUGAAAGUUAUGCAAAGUGCAUUUUAGAAAAAUAUUAAAGUUCAGAAAAUAUUUAUAUAUUUGAAUCGUUUUUUUCACAGCAUUAUAUCUAAAAGAUGUACAUGCAAGGUGUUCUACUCUAGUGGCACCAACUGCGUUACCUGUUUUGUCUGGGAAUAGUUUCAUUAAUUAUAUUUGUGUAUAUUUUCAUCCCUUUCACAGUAAACAGAUGUUGGUUAUGAUAUUGUACAACCGGACAACAUGUAUGAUACUAUACGUCCUAUAUGAUAUUGUACGACCGCUAUUCCAUCCAUAACGUAACCUAUUGUAGGGUAAUAUAUCAUACUAAACGGAGGGAAACAAAUGCAUUUUCCAAAUCCUACCUAUUGCCCUGAAGAUACAGUGUACAUAUGUGAUUGAAGAUUUUUCAUCAUGUUCAGGGGGAGCUUGAUGCGCUAGUAUCUGGCAGGCGG